AGUGGGCAUCUGGAUGAAGAUUGGCGCUAGACUAAAGACCAAAGAAUAACAGAAGGAAAGAAAGUUUAGGAUCUUUGUUUUAUAGACUUGAAAAGUGUCCAAAAACCAGUCUGGGAUGAACUUCACUUUGGGCUUCAAACCAGCGAUGGGAGACUCAAGUUCAGUGGAGAACUUAGAGAAGCAGCUCAUUUGCCCCAUCUGUCUGGAGAUAUUCACCAAGCCUGUGGUCAUCUUACCCUGCCAGCAUAAUCUCUGCAGGAAGUGUGCCAAUGAUGUUUACCAGGCCUCCAACCCUCUUUGGCAAAACCGGGGCACUUUGUCUACAGGGGGACGUUUCCGCUGCCCAUCUUGUCGGCAUGAGGUGUUAUUGGACCGGCACGGAGUAUAUGGCCUUCAGAGGAACCUGCUAGUGGAGAAUAUCAUUGAUAUCUACAAAUCUGAGUCUACCAG